GAUCUAACUGCAGAUGAGUUGGCGUUCAGGAGUGUAUUAAAGUUAUCGAUGCUAAUGCGGAAGAAGUCAUCACUAACAAAGCAGAUGAGAGAGAGAAAAAAUGGUGGAUCGACGGAAAUUAUAAAAUUAUUGACAAAGAUAGGUAAUAGACUCCCACUGAUCCUUAUUGAAGGUGUAAGUUAUGAAGAGUUCGAAAAAAAAUGUGAGAUCACGAACGCAUCAAAGUACUGGGAGUUUCGAGACGGAAUUGUAGUCAUAUUCGAGUUGCCAAAUCGUGAUCAUGAAUAUGCACAUAGUGCAUUCUCUAGACAAUUUGAACAUCAGGAUCCUCAAAGCACAGUUGAUUCUUGCAGAUCAGCAAGGUAACCCUUGGCCUACUAUUAUCGCUGAGGUGGCUAAUUCAGAAAGUCUUUCGAGAAUAAUACACAUGACUACUCAAUUCUGGUUGGCUCCGAACCGUGUAGAGGACGUAGAUCAAAACGGAACUCCUUUGCGCCGUUUCACAGUUCAGUAUUGCUUUUUUUGUUGUCAUUUCAUUUAUUUCAUUUGUCUAAUAAUUGUCCUGUAUUUUGGCAGUGCUAUAAAUUCUGUCGUACAACAGGCGUACAAAUUACAAAAUGUACACGGAAAUUACCAACCAGUCCAAAUUAUUGAAUUCGGAACUAUUGAUAGGAAUAAUCAACCGUAUAAUGGAUGUACCGCCGCAGGAAUGUGUAUUAUGAAUAUUUUUCCAGGUUGUAUUUUCCGUGGCUAUCCUCAAGUCCCACCAUACCCAAUCAACAAUGUGGUUAUUGAUUUCUUUCCUAUCCAGCAAGCAAUAUUUCGUGCUAUGUAGAUUAGUAAUAGAAUUUUUACAAAAAAUAUUGACAUAAAAAUUUGGGCUAAUGCACUUUAUAUAUAAUAUGUACAAAAUAAAAAAAAAUGGCGAAAUAAAAAUACUUUAUUAAUUCUAAUAAAAUUUGCA